AUGGUUUUAUAUAAAGUUUAUUCUCAAGAAUAUCGUAUUCGUUAUUUAGCUCAUCCAUGUUCAACUGCUAUUUUAUUUCAAAUAAGUUGUCUUUUUCUUACUUUUUUACCACCAUUAUUUACUAGUUAUUUUACAAAUGGAUUUUAUUAUAAAGAAUUAACUUAUAGUGAACAAGCUAAUGUAUCAUUUCUUGAAAAAUAUAAUUUAAUUAUUGAUUCACUGUCAUCUCUUCGAUUUUCUUCAUCUGAUACACGUUUAAAUAAUUAUUUUAGUUCAAGUUAUUAUCCAAGUACUCUUAAAACUUAUAUACCAGGAGAUAUUAAUGGUGAUGAUAUUGCUGAUCAACAGAAAAUUACAUUAAAUAUAAUUUUACCUGAAUCUAUAUCAGAUAAAAUUAUCAAUCUUUGGCUCAUAUUUCAAUAUUCACUUAAUCGAUAUCCAUUAAUUAAUAUGGAAACACUUGGAUUAAUAUCACUUAAAGCUCCUUCAUCAUUAUUAGCAAAUAGUACAGUAAAUGUAUAUGGACAGCUUCGUUUUCACCAACGUGAACCAAUAUUAAGUUAUAUAAAUGAUUCAUCUAUUCAAGGUUCAAUUAUAGAUUUUGGAACUUAUUCACUUGUACCAUCAUUUGAUGAUAUAUUAGAUAGAUAUAAUUCUCGUAAUUAUUUUACAACAUUUGAUCAACAAUAUGUUCAAUGGUCAUCAUCAUCAUUAUCAUCUUCAACUGAUAGUUUUAUACGAUUAACAAUUAAUGUUGUUGUUAAUACAGGUCCACAAUUAUAUCGUUAUGUACCAAAUUUUUGGAAAGAAUUUCGUUGGACAUGGAUUCAAUAUUUUACUAGUUUAUUACCAUUUUUUUAUGUUGCCAAUAAAUUUAAAGAAUUUGUAUUUAGUAAUGGGCUUGUGCGAACUAUUGUUAGAAAAUCUCCUUAG